AGGGGCAGCAGAGAGACUGGGGACUCCAAUAGUUCAGGAAAGUAAAGAAAACGGCAAGAGAAGACACGGGGCCUGCAGACAGGGCAGCUCAUGCUGGGCCCCAGAAAUCGCCUGGAGAGCACAGACAAGUGAGGGGUGAGCCAGGCGAUGGCCCGAGGCUCUGGGCAACAGAUUAAAAAACAACACCCCAACCCAAGCUCCGAUAUGCUCCAAACCUCAACCUGCCGCCAGAAGGGGGAAGUGAAACCCGGCGGGGGGUGAGGGGAGGCUCCGGGGCAGCCGCCCCAGGAAGCGCUGAGAGCUGCAGCACACACGCACAGCAGGGACCAGCAGGGACCAGCUGGACGCCAGCUCCAGCCCAUGGCCAUGGCGGAAGCUCCCAGCCACCCUGGCUCCGAGGAGCUGCUGGUGGAGGAAGGCACAGGGCUCGCCACUCAGUGGACCGUGGAAGGAGAGGAGGGUGCCGCCUUGGGGCAGCGCCAGCAGGAGAGGGCCUGGCAGCUUCGGGCCCAGGAUGAGGGCGAAGGAGGCCAGUCCCUGGAGCAGCUAGAGCAGGAGAAGCUCCUCAGCCCGAAGCCCUCGGAGGGCCCUGAACUGGACGAGGACGAGGGUUUCGGCGACUGGUCCCAGAAGCCGGAGCAGCGGCGGCAGCACUGCGGGGCUGGGGAGACCGCGGACGGUGGGGCCCCCCCUCGGGGCGAGAGUCCGGAGGGGGGGCAGGAGGAGGACAGGCCCCGCCAGCACACCUUUGGGAGCCAGGGUGGCGACGAGCUGACCCCAGCCGGGGUCUGUCUGGAGGAGCUGCGUCUGAGCCCCGACUCAGAGCCCCAGGAGGGGCCGGGAACAGAGGACACAGAGCCCAAAGGCCCCGAGGGAGCCAUCCAGGGCAGCCCAGGGCUGGCAGAGACCAAGGAGGUAGAGGAUGAGCAGCACCAGAGAUGCCAGCAGCGCAGGGCACCCAGCCCCUUGGUCUUGGAGGGGACGGACCCGGGCUCGCCUCCCCUGAGCCCCAGCACCAAACUCAGCGACAGAACUGAGUCCCUGCACCGCUCCAUUCAGAAGAGUAACAGCAUGAAGAAGUCCCAGCCAGCCCUGCCCAUCUCCACGAUUGAAGAGAGGCUGGAGCAGUACACGCAGGCCAUCGAGACCUCUGGCCGGACCCCAAAGCUAGCCCGCCAGCCGUCCAUCGAGCUGCCCAGCAUGGCCGUGGCGAGCACCAAGAGUCGCUGGGAGACGGGAGAGGUGCAGGCUCAGUCCUCCGCCAAGUCCCCCGCCUGCAAGGAUAUUGUAGCUGGAGACCUGAGCAAGAGGAACCUCUGGGAGCAGAAAGGAGGCCCCAAGGCUUCAACGAUGCUUAAGAGCACCCCGUCUGCGAAGAGGUACAAGUUUGUGGCCACUGGACACGGGAAGUACGAGAAAGUGCUCGUGGACGAGGGCUCGGCGCCCUAGGCCGUCCUUCUCGCUUUCCCAAGGCUGCAGCACCGCCGGCGGCACCUCCUGGCUCCCGACCCACGUGCCCGGGGGAGAGGCCGGCCAGAUGAACGCCCCCCCGCCCCCCACUGGCCCCGCCGAAGAAGCUGCUUCUCAUGGUCUGCCUGGCCCGCGUGCACCCCCGACAUCCGUCACCUCUUGCUCCUGGACCCUCCAACCUUUCCCUCUGACCCCCAGCUCUGCCCCUCACAGUUCCGGGAGGAAAGGAACUCUGGCUGUUGGUUGGCAAAAGGACCACCUCCAGAGAAGCUGCAAGCUCCCAGGGAAGGCGCAGCCGGUGCAGAGAGAGGCCACGUGCUGGGGCCUCCGUGUCCAAAGCCACCAGCACCCGCAACAGCACUGGGCCCCCCGCCCCGCCCCGCUUGCAGCCCUCCACUUUGUGCAGUAAACUCCCUUUGGUGUCUCCA